GACAGGCACUUGACGAGGACUCCUCACCCGUGGGGUCCUGUCCGCUGAGGGGAAGUAGGGCCGUUCUGCGCAUGCUCCUUCCUUUCCUGCUCAGGCCUCCGAGAAAGCUGCAGAGAUGUUGAUGCCCAAGAAAGAUCGCAUUGCCAUCUAUGAGCUCCUCUUCAAGGAGGGAGUCAUGGUGGCCAAGAAAGAUGUACAUAUGCCCAAGCACCCGGAACUGAGUGACAAGAACGUGCCCAACCUCCACGUCAUGAAGGCUAUGCAGUCUCUGAAGUCACGUGGGUACGUCAAGGAGCAGUUUGCCUGGCGUCACUUCUACUGGUACCUGACCAAUGAAGGCAUCCAGUAUCUGAGGGACUUCCUGCACCUGCCCCCAGAGAUCGUUCCCGCUACCCUGAGGAGGAGUCGUCCCGAGACAGGCAGACCACGACCCAAAGGUUUGGAGGGUGAACGUCCUGCCCGCUUGUCCCGCGGAGAGACAGACAGAGACACAUACAGACGCAGCGCUGCUCCACCUGGUGCAGACAAGAAGGCAGAGGCCGGCGCUGGAGCCGCAACAGAAUUCCAAUUUAGAGGAGGCUUCGGACGCGGUCGUGGACAGCAGCCACCACAGUAAUGUGGGCCAUUUUCCUUUGUCAAUAAAAAAACAAAACUUUUGCGACAUAA